AUGGAUGGGGAGGAAGGGUUUCAGCUUGUACCGGCAGCCUUUACUAUUGAGGCUUCUAGAAAGGCACUUGCUGAAAGGGUUAUAAUAGAUGAGUUGUCUUUUAGUUUUAUUAAAGGGUAUGAGUUUCAAAGAUAUGCGACAACCUUACAACCUAAGUUGCAAAUUAGGGAUAUCCCAUCUCGUCAAACUGUGGCUAGGGAUGUGAUUGGCAUUUAUGGUGUUGAGAGAGAGAAACUAAGGGGGGCCUUGAAGGGUCGUAGGGUGUGUCUUACUACGGACACAUGGACGAGUAUUCAAAAUCUGUGUUAUAUGUCCCUUACAGGUCAUUUUAUUGAUGAUGAUUGGAAGUUGCAUAAGAGAAUUUUGAAUUUUUGUCAAGUUGAAGACCAUAAGCGGGAGACUAUAGGUAGAAAGAUUGAGUUGUGUUUGCGUGAGUGGGGUAUUAGUGGCAUAUUUACUUUAACAGUGGACAAUGCUAGCUCAAAUGGUGGCACCAUUAAGUUUUUGGAAAAUGUAACUAAAGAUUGGGAGGGGACUGUUUUAGAACAUGAGUUUUUACACAUGAGGUGUUGUGCACAUAUCCUAAAUCUGAUUAUGGGGGAUGGUGUGAGAGAAAUUGAUGCAUCCAUUGCAAAGAUGCGUGAAGCUGUGAGGUGGAACUCUACCUACCUCAUGUUAGAAACCACACAAAAAUUUGAUAAAGUGUUCAUACGAAUGGACUUUGAGGAUGAUAGUUAUUCUUCAUACUUUAUGAACAAGGAGAAUAGUGGUGGUAUGAGAUCUCCUAUUAGUAUUGAUUUUCAAAAUUGUAGGACAUUUGUGGGUUUUUUGAAGCUUUUUUACAAUGCCACGAAAAAGUUUUCAGGUUCUUUGUAUGUUACUGCAAACACCUUUUUUGAUGAGAUGUUUGUCAUUCAAGAGAAUAUUUCCCAUUUAAGUAAAUCACAAAACCAUCUCUUCAAAAACAUGGCAACUAAAAUGGAAUCUAAGUUUGAUAAGUAUUGGGGAAAAGGGGAUAAAAUGAAUUAUCUCUUGUAUGUGGCUGUGAUUCUUGAUCCAAGAAAGAAGUUGAGGUUUUUGAAGUUUUGUUUUUCUGAAAUUGAUGGGAAUGAAGUGGCUGAUGUGAUGGUUGAAUUGGUGAGGGAUACCUUGGUCAAGUUGUAUGAUUUUACUCUCGUGUUGAUUCACCAAAUGUACAAGUAG